AUCUCACAGAGCCCCCAUAACAGCAGUGUCUCACAGAGCCCCCAUAACAGAAGCCUCUCACAGAGCCCCCAUAACAGCAGCGUCUCACAGAGCCCCCAUAACAGCAGCGUCUCACAGAGCCCCCAUAACAGCAGCGUCUCACAGAGCCCCCAUAACAGAAGCCUCUCACAGAGCCCCCAUAACAGCAGCAUCUCACAGAGUCCCCAUAACAGAAGCAUCUCACAGAGCCCCCAUAACAGCAGCGUCUCACAGAGCCCCCAUAACAGCAGCGUCUCACAGAGCCCCCAUAACAGCAGCAUUUCACAGAGCCCCCAUAACAGCAGCGUCUCACAGAGCCCCCAUAACAGAAGCGUCUCACAGAGCCCCCAUAACAGCAGCAUCUCACAGAGCCCCCAUAACAGCAGCGUCUCACAGAGCCCCCAUAACAGCAGCGUCUCACAGUGCCCCCAUAACAGAAGCCUCUCACAGAGCCCCCAUAACAGCAGCGUCUCACAGAGCCCCCAUAACAGUAGCGUCUCACAGAGCCCCCAUAACAGCAGCGUCUCGAAGAGCCCCCAUAACAGCAGCAUUUCACAGAGCCCCCAUAACAGCAGCGUCUCACAGAGCCCCCAUAACAGAAGCGUCUCACAGAGCCCCCAUAACAGCAGCAUCUCACAGAGCCCCCAUAACAGCAGCGUCCCACAGAGCCCCCAUAACAGCAGCGUCUCACAGAGCCCCCAUAACAGAAGCGUCUCACAGAGCCCCCAUAACAGCAGCAUCUCACAGAGCCCCCAUAACAGAAGCCUCUCACAGAGCCCCCAUAACAGAAGCGUCCCACAGAGCCCCCAUAACAGUAGCGUCUCACAGAGCCCCCAUAACAGAAGCGUCUCACAGAGCCCCCAUAACAGAAGCGUCUCACAGUGCCCCCAUAACAGCAGCGUCUCACAGAGCCCCCAUAACAGCAGCGUCUCACAGAGCCCCCAUAACAGCAGCGUCUCACAGAGCCCCCAUAACAGCAGCGUCUCACAG